CUGAAGUCUUAAAAAGUCUUUAAACCCUCGACAAAUAAUGUCGCUUUAUGUCGCCUUCUCCUCGUCACUAUAUGUGAGUUCGCCGACGCCGUGAAUUCUUGGUUUUCCGAUUUACCAUUCGUCUCCGACAACGCAUCAUUUCUCUCCUUCUCCUCUGUUGAAAUUUUCGUGGAUCGCUUGUUUCUCAGUUAUAUUCAAUCUGGUGAAAAAAAAACAAAAAGCUUCAAGCUCAGAGACGAAGAUCCUCUGUUUCUGAGGACUUGCUUAUCAGAUUCUUGUUUCCUAAACCAACCGAUUUGAACCAAACGGUCUAUUCCGGUUAUUGCCUCUUGAAGUCAAUCACAGAAUGUCAUGUUAGCUUUAGGUUAUGCCAAGGAAAUCGCUCAAAGAUUUCUCAGAAAUCCAAAAUGGACCUCUAGAUUCUUCUUGCUUCACUAUCAAUCCUCUAAUUACUCCAGUUAUGUAAAGUCAAGACCUUUUCUACAAGUUCAAUGUAAAUCAGCUUCUUUUGAUGUUUCACAAGCUCAGAGAUGGAAUCUAUUUGCGUAUGAUGGUUUGUUUAGUAGACGUUACUUGAGUAAUUCCACAAUAGAGCUAAGAACAGAUGAUAAUGUGGUUAGGUUUGCUUUCAACAAUGUCUCUAGUAGUGGUAACAAUGUUGUACCUACAAGAAAAGAGAAGAAAUGGAAACGGGCUAAAUUGUCAAGAAAAGCUAAAGUGAAUGAGUUAAGGUUUUAUCGUCUGAAGGCUAAAAAGAAGAUGAAUUCUCCAAACCCUGAAGUUAGAAUUCGUUACAAGCUUGAAAAGGCUAAGAGGAAAGAAGAAUGGUUGAUUGAGAAACUGAGGAAAUACGAUGUUCCGAAAUCACCAGCGGAGCCUUAUGAUCCAGAGAGUUUGACAGAGGAAGAGCAGCAUUACUUAAAACGUACAGGUGAGAAGAGAAAGAACUUUGUACUUGUCGGAAGACGAGGAGUGUUUGGAGGUGUGGUUUUGAAUUUGCACCUUCAUUGGAAAAAGCAUGAGACUGUUAAAGUUAUUUGCAAGCCCUGCAACAAACCCGGGCAGGUUCAUGAGUAUGCAGAAGAGCUUGCUCGGUUAAGUAAGGGCAUUGUGAUUGAUGUCAAACCUAACAACACCAUUGUGUUGUACCGUGGGAAAAACUAUGUGAGACCAGAAGUGAUGUCUCCUGUUGAUACUCUCUCUAAAGAUAAGGCUUUGGAGAAAUAUCGGUAUGAGCAAUCGCUUGAACAUACGAGUGAGUUCAUAGAGAAGCUGGAGAAGGAGCUUGAGGAGUACCAUAAGUACGUUGCUCGGCACAAGAAGAAGAAAGAUGAAGAAGCAGAGAAGAAGAAAGAGGCGGUUUCGAAGAGCAAAGUAGUGUAAGGUCUCUCGUUUCAGAGUUUUUGUAGCAUCAAGAUUCCAAUUCUCAAAAGGAUUCUGAAAGCAACGGUGAACAUUGCAUUAUGUCUAAGUAAAUGGGUUCAGUUUGGCUAAACCAAGUUAUACCAACCGGUUAGAGAAUUAGAAUAGAGAAGUCUAUAUACAACUUUUACUAGUUUAGUCGUUUGUCAAUAAAUAUCACCAUUCAGUAUUUGUAGUGGAGAACCACCAAUGUAUGGUCUUAUGGUCUCUUUAAAUUGGUAGAGAAUUUGGACAUCUGUAGAUUGGUUUUAUAUAUGUGAAAAUUGAGUUCUCACAUAUAUAGACAAAUCUUCACUGUUUUAACUCUUUUUUGUAGAUUAGUAUGCAAUAGUUUCUCUAAUUAAAUGUUUAAGACAAAAAAAAUCUAACAUUAUUAUGCAAUAGUUUUUCUAAUU